UACAAACUACAUUUACACAAAAAAGGCUUACUCUCCAUCCAGUCCCAGCAUGCACAGUGCUAUAGAUAUAGAUAGAUAGUGUAGUCUUAGAUACACAGACUGACAGAUAGACAAACAGAGAGACAGGUAGAGACAAAUAGAUAGUUAUAAUGUUGCUAGGGCUAAUAAGAAGUAAGAGAGUGGAUUUUAAAGAAGCCUUGGUCAGCACUCCUCUCGCGGGCAGUGAUGAGUAAUAGCUUGUGUGUUUCAGACUGUUUAGCUCGUAUGCAGCGCUACAUUGUCACCAAGCUUGGAGAAGAUUGGAUCUUCUUAGUUCUGCUUGGCCUCAUGAUGGCGCUAGUGAGCUGGGGUAUGGACUAUGUCAGUUCCAGGAGUCUGCAGGCCUAUAAGUGGAUGUUCCUGGAGCUAAAAGGCAAUGUUCUGCUGCAGUACCUGGCCUGGGUCACCUAUCCCGUGGUCCUUAUCGUGUUUGCUUCACUGUUCUGUCAUCUUGUCGCUCCGCAGGCAGUGGGCUCAGGGAUUCCCGAGUUGAAGACGAUUCUAAGAGGCGUGGUCCUCAAAGAGUAUCUGACCCUCAAAGCCUUUGUGGCCAAAGUGGUCGGGUUGACCGCGGGACUGGGCAGCGGCAUGCCGUUGGGGAAAGAGGGUCCGUUUGUCCACAUCGCCAGUAUCUGUGCCGUGGUUCUCAGCAAAAUCAUGUCAAUCUUCUCAGGGGUGUACGAGCACCCUUACUGCUACACUGACAUUCUGACGGUGGGCUGUGCUGUGGGAGUGGGCUGCUGUUUCGGGACCCCCCUAGGAGGUGUCUUGUUCAGUAUCGAGGUCACGUCCACGUACUUUGCUGUCAGAAAUUACUGGCGGGGUUUCUUCGCUGCCACGUUUAGUGCCUUCAUAUUCCGGGUUCUGGCUGUCUGGAACAAAGAUGCAGUAACGAUCACUGCCCUUUUCCAAACAAACUUCCGAAUGGAUUUCCCCUUUGACCUCCAAGAAUUGCCUGCAUUUGCCAUCAUUGGGAUAUUGUGUGGGUUCCUCGGUGCCUUCUUUGUGUAUCUGAAUCGGCAGGUGGUUGUCUUCAUGCGAAGACAAACGGUGUUAACACGCUUCCUGACAAGAUAUCGGCUCAUCUACCCAGGGGUUGUGACCUUUGUCAUUGCAACCUUGACCUUUCCCCCUGGGUUCGGACAGUUCAUGGCUGGAGAGCUGAUGCCUCGUGAGUCGAUAAACUCCCUCUUCGAUAACCACACCUGGACGAAGCAUGAUGGCUCCACACACGUCCUGGGGCGAUCAGCAGUCUGGAUGCACCCCAAAAUCAGCGUCUUUGUCAUCCUGCUGCUUUUCUUUGUCAUGAAGUUUUGGAUGUCAGCCAUUUCCACCACCAUGCCUGUCCCUUGUGGAGCAUUUAUGCCUGUCUUCAUACUGGGAGCUGCGUUCGGUCGUCUUGUUGGUGAGAUCAUGGCCACUCUCUUUCCGAACGGGAUUCUCUUCGAUGGGAUUGUAUACCGGAUUCUCCCUGGGGGUUAUGCGGUCAUUGGCGCUGCUGCUCUGGCGGGUGCAGUCACACACACAGUGUCCACAGCAGUGAUCUGCUUCGAGCUGACAGGGCAGAUCUCUCACAUCCUGCCCAUGAUGGUGGCUGUGAUCCUGGCUAACAUGGUGGCUCAGGGGCUGCAGCCCUCUCUCUACGACUCCAUCAUCCAGGUGAAGAAACUGCCCUACCUGCCUGAGCUGGGCUGGGGACACUUCAGUAAAUUUAACAUCUUCGUGGAGGACAUCAUGGUGCGGGAUGUGAAGUUCAUCUCUGCUCUGUCUCCCUAUGGAGAGCUGCAGACCUUGCUGGACAGCUGCAGCCUCAAAACCAUCCCUCUGGUCGAGGCCAAAGACACUAUGAUCUUGCUAGGGUCAGUGGAACGUUCAGAGCUGGAGGCUCUGAUUGACUAUCACCUGUCUCCUGAGCGACGGCUGCGAUGUCAUCACGAGGGGCGGCAGCAGAUGGAGGCCAUGCCCUACAAUGGGCAGAGGUCACCCCCCCGGGGUCAGGGGGGGUCAGGGGCCACUUGGGAGUCAUUCACCUUCGUGGACGAAGAAGUGGGGGAAGAGGGGGCGGGAGAGAAGCCUAACGGGCCCCUCUCCCCUCCCAAGCAGCAAGAACCGGACAAUGAGACGCUGCCGGAGAAAGGUCAUCUCCAGGCAGUGAGACAGACACUCCAGGGUUUAUUCUGCCACUCCCCAGAAACACAACCAGAGGAACCAGCACAGGAGGUCAAAGAGCAUGUGGUACCUAGUUCUUUAACUGAAGAUGAGUCAGUGAGGGCACUAGUAAACAAAUGUUUUUUUCCUUUAAUCUUCCAGCAGGAGGCACCCCUGUCUGCAGACAGCAUGAGCCCUGAAGAGGUAAAAGCCUGGGAGGAGAGAGAACUGGAGAAGCCAAUCUGCUUUCAGAGUUGCCGGAUAGACCACUCCCCCUUCCAACUAGUGGAGAAAACAUCUCUUCACAAGACACACACUCUGUUCUGUCUACUGGGACUGAGUCACGCCUACGUCACCAGUAUCGGCAAACUGGUGGGAGUGGUGGCGCUUAAGGAGAUCCAGAAAGCUAUUGAAGGAUCCACGCGCUCGGGGGUGAGACUGCGCCCCCCUUUGGCCAGUUUCCGGGCCAGCACCCGACAGAGACCCUCCGCCAAGACCCCGCCCCAUCAAGAAAUGCAGAUGUGGGGGCGAUCGAUGGAGGAGAGGGGGGCAAGAGAAGGAGGAGAGCAGGGAGGAGGGGACAGUGGGGACUCAGAGGAGAGGCAGCUGCAGAAUAACCACAGCCCCCAGUCGACAGGGACAGACAGGGGGCCUGUACUGGAGGAACUGGAGCUGAGGGGAGUGGAGAGCAUCUGUGAGAUCAUCCGAGGACUGGAGCUGAGGGAGAGCGAUCAGGACAAUGAGGACGAUGCCCUGUGAACCCAGCCCCCUGCCUGCGGCACACUUCAGCAAGGCUGGUUAUUGACUCGCACCCUUUGUAUGGGGUUUACAAUCAUAAAGAGCGGUUCCGAGAUCCUCCAGUAACACUGCCAUGUCCUUGUCUCUUAUUAGCACUAGCAAUAUUAUAACUGCACCCUUCAAAGGAGUGCUAACAAAGGCUUCUUUAAAAUCCAUUCUCUUACCUCUGAUUAGCUUUAUUAACAUUAACUCUGCCCCCUUUUAAAGGAGCGCUAACCAUCUUUAAAAUCCAUUCUCUUGCCUCUUGUUAGCCCUAGCAACAUUAUCACUGCCCAUUUUCUUAUCCGUUUUCUUACCUUUUGUUAAAUCUAGCAACAUUACCCUUAUAAAAGUUUACCAUAGUAAAAGCAUAGCAAAGUCUAAUGAACAUAAGAACAUAAGAAAGUUUACAAACGAGAGGAGGCCAUUCAGCCCAUCUUGCUCGUUUGGUUGUUAGUAGCUUAUUGAUCCCAGAAUCUCAUCAAGCAGCUUCUUGAAGGAUCCCAGGGUGUCAGCUUCAACAACAUUACUGGGGAGUUGGUUCCCCUGGGUCGACACUGUCUAUAUCUUUUAGAAUUUUGAAUGCUUGAAUCAGAUCACCGCGUAGUCUUCUUUGUUCAAGACUGAAUAGAUUCAAUUCUUUUAGCCUGUCUGCAUACGACAUGCCUUUUAAACCUGGGAUAAUUCUGGUUGCUUUUCUUUGCACUGUAAUGAAGGAUAGAGAAAGCGUGGUAAAGCAUAGGUAAGCAUUUUAAAGCCCAGAGAGGUAUGGUAAGGCAUAUUAAAAUGCACAGCAAGGGAAAAGCACAGGAAAAUUGUAAGAUUAUAUUAGGAAAUUUCUAGGUAACACUUUAUUUUGAGUGUCAUAAAUAAGUAUUUCAUUAAUAUGCAAUUAAAAGUUUAGUUAAACUGUCAAUAGAUAUGCCAAACGUGUGUAUCUAUCACUAGUUUAAGCUUGUAUGUACAGUAUAUUGAGUAUGUUUUUUGAGACUUAGUAGUUUCUUGCUCCGUAAAAUAAAGACUGGUAUGUAGCAUCACUGAUAUUGUAUGAGCUAUCCACACUACCUAAAUAAUUACAUUUAAAUCACUUAAUUGCCAUUCACAAUCACCUAUUGAAAAUGUGAUGAUCAUGUAAAAUAAGUAUUAGAAGCUUUACAUACCAGUCUUUGUAUGUCUUUUUUUUACUGGAGCAGGAAACUACCAAGCAUCAAAACACAUACUCAUACAUAUGAAAUAUGAGCUAAAAUGGCAGUCUAAUGAUAGUUACAGACACAUGCAUGGCAUAUCUAUUCUGUUUGUUAACAUGUAACCAAAUUUCAGCAAAUACUAGCCACUAGCAUUAACAGAUAUAGGCAAUUGAUCAAGUUACCUUUCCCCUGGAGAAAGCCUCAGAUGCUACAUUGAUAGUCCCGAUGAUCUGGAGGUAUUGGGAGCUUCUCGUCUGUGUCGCCUCUAUGCUUGGUAUUUAUACUCUCGUUGUCUCAGAGUCUAUGUGACUACUGUUUGUUCCUGUUAUCUUACUAGUUAUAGUUGCCAACAGUAGAAUGAGUUAUUCAGCUGUUACUCCACUCAGGUGCAACCAACCACAAACUAUUCUUUUCUACAAGGUUACACAGUUCUCCUUUCCCAUACUUUCUAAUACAUGCCUUAUCACUCCACAGUCUAAGCCUAAGGCCAUGUGGGGGUGUUGCCUUAGCAACUCUACUAAUGCCAAUGUCACCUCAGCAAACUGUUUUUUCUGCCAUUUGCACUCUACUAAUAUACAUUUCCCUACAUCCCUAUUUUCUGCUGUUGAAGAUCUGUGAGUUCUAAGCUUCUUCAGUUUGGAACAUGCAGACAUUUCAAAGACAGCACUAUAGAUGAAAAGUUGCUGUUGCUUCCUGGUACCUGUUUCUUUAAAAUGUCUUCAUUGGAAAAGACAACAGCUGCAUCAAAGAUUGGAAAUAUUUCUGCUAAAGAUCACUCUGUCCAGUACAGGAAGGGGACAUUUCAAGUAUCUGUUGUUAUUUUUACAUUUAUGUUUUUAUUUUGUUUGAUAAUUCAUUGAUGGUGAAACUGGAAUGUGCUUAAAAGGUGGGCUUAAAAAGCUAAAUAUUUAUACAAUUUAUCAUUUACUCUUUGUAUAAUAACUCUUGAGAAAAAUAUUAAUUUUGAAUGUGACAAUGCUAUUUCUCUGCUUUAUUGCAUAUUAUGCUUAAUUGUGAAAUAUCUUGAAAUGCCUAUUUUUAGACCCUGAAAUGCCAUGAAAAACAUACAGCCCUACUAAUUACUUUCUGUGGCAUAGUUCAAACUCCCGGCAAAGAUAUAAGAAUGUAGCAGUUCAGCUGUAGUGUGACAUUUACAAUAUAUUUAAUAAAACAAGGAAAGACUCCCCACAAAAGGGGAGGGUUGGAGUGAUAAUGUUAAUUAAUCUCCUAAGGAUUAGAUUUGGGCUAGCUCUGCUUGUGUUUUUCUC